AAUUAAAUCUUUAACUAAGAUAAACGGUUACAAACUAAGAAUUUUACUGUUUAUUUAUCUUAACUCGAUCAUUUUCUGGCAGUGCGGAAUAAAUCUAAAUGAUACACAUAGAUCCGACCCAAUUUCAAUGCUAAUUCAUUUUCACUCUCAAUUCUAUUUCCUGUAAUAGCUCGGUAUCAAUAAAUUAGAAAAAAAGAACACUAUUAUUUUAUAAUGGUUGAGGUUCGAUGGUGGAUUAUAAUAGUUGGUUGAGGUUCGAUGUGCGGAUAUUCGUCUAGAACAGGAAAUAAUGGCUUUGGUGUGCCUCAUUCAGAAGGAAGGAGGAAGAUGAAUAGCAGACAUGAAGUAUGUAAGGAUGAAGUGCCCUGUGCGACUCAGGAUCAUAUUGCGCGGUUCCACAGCUACAUGCAUGGUGGUACGUCCAGCUUGCUAUCCACCGUAACAACAUUAGUCACAUUUCCUGUUUACAAGACCGUAUUCCGCCAGCAGAUACACAGCACCCUCGUUCGUGAGGCCAUUGCUCAGCUUUAUAGGGAAGGUCCAUGGAAGCUCUACAGAGGGGUGGUGCCUCCGCUGCUGGUGAAGACGCUGCAGGGGACACUGUUGUUCGGCCUCCAAGACACGUUCAUGCACCAGCUCUCAGAUGUGCAUUUCAUCCCCCCACUCCUCUUGCCAGCUUUUGCAGGCCUUGGUGUAGGUAUGGUGGAGGCCCUGGUCUUCACGCCCUUUGAGCGGGUACAGAACGUGAUGCAGAACUCCAGCAAUGACUGCAAUCUGCCCACACUCCGGAGUGUGCUGUCACGGUUUCGUUCUGAGAGCCUGUCAUCCGGGUUCUACAGGGGCCUGAUGCCCACGAUGAUCCGCAACGCAAUUGGUAGCAGCCUCUACUUCGGGCUGAAGGAUCCAGUGCAGAGCAUGCUCUGGCAGCAAGGUCUUUCACCAGGUGCAUCGUCCUUUAUGUCAGGUGUUCUCAACUCCAUGAUCAUCAGUUUGCCCCUGUACCCACUCUCAGUUCUGGUGGCCAACAUACAGGCCCAGGUUGUUGGAGGGCCGCGUGGGGCGUGGCAGUCUGGUGUCAUGCUGUGGAACUCUCGGCAGCGCAGCGUCGCCCUCUUGUACCGUGGUGGUUCCCUGGUUAUCUUUCGGUCCUGCCUUACCUGGGGCAUUACAACAGCCAUCUACGACAGCCUAGAAAGGCAUACUUUCAAAGCUAACAAUUCCAAGUAAAGUCUGCUCACACCAUGUAUGACUCUCGUCUCUGUUGCUUCAGGUAUGACAAUCUGCCAAUCUCUCAAUGGUUUGAAAAGACUUGUUUUUAAGUUAGACUGGUAAUUCAAAAGGCAAUACACGUUUCAGUAUUUUAAAAGUUUGUUAUAUGUGUUUCUUAUUUUAUUUAAUUCCUCAAUCCAUGCCAUUACCACUGCUAGGAGUAUAUGUAAAAACAUGGCAGAGCAGAAAGAAGUAGAGUGUAGUUUCACUGUGAUUUUGGACCAGUUAUGAAAUUUCUGAUUACAAUUUCAAAUGUGCAUUCUGCAUUAUGAAUUUCUUUUUAAAGAACUAUCCUUAUUGUGGUGUAAAUGUUUUUUUGUAUAUGUAUUUGCCAUUCGGUGCCUUAUGUUUACUGUCUUAUUAUUUUGUUGCUAUGUGUUACUUUAGUAUUAUUGUUUUCUUAAGAAAAAAAAUGGGUAAUACCGGACACCUUUUACAUAUCAGAAGAAUGUCUGGAAAUCUGAAAAAAAAAAAUGCCCUGUUUACUGUUAUUCCCUAUAUUAUCACCAGAGGGCAGUGUUAGCGCAAGUUAUUUAUUUAUUUAUUUAACUAUUCUCUCGUGUUUUGAUUUUUGAUACUUGUUCAUUUUUAAUUUUUUAUAGAAACUGUGCACUUUGUACAAAAUUAUUUGAAUUGAAGUUGCAUAGGCCUACCUACUGGCGGCACAGGAAUUCUUGUAGUAAAUUAUAUGCAUAUUUGGAAUAUAUAGUAACACACAGCCUGAAUGUGUUAAACUUCUUGCCAUGUUAUAUUUCCUGAAAAAUAAAAUAAAUUUUUCCUGUAUUGACUAAAUAUGGAGUGGAUAAUUUAUUUACAGUUUUAAGACAUAGGAUAAACGUAGCGCUUUAAACACAAGGCAAGUUUAGAGG